AUGGGAAACUGCAUUAAAAUGUAUGAACAAAAUUAUGAUUCUGCAAAUACUCUUGAUCAGAUACACACACAUGCUGAAAGUAUAUCCAAUGUGUUCAAUGCUAGGGUUGAAACCAAUAAAGAUUGUAUUGUUUCACCAUAUCAUAAAGGCAGCAGUGAUACUGGGGAAAGAGAACUUAAUAAAGCUGAUAGUGAAUGUGAAAAAUGCCUUUGGAAAGAUAGUUUACCUCAACGUUCCUUUCUAGAUGAUACAGAAGGAAAAGAGGUUGAACAUAUCUGUUACGUAAACAGCUUUGAGAAACAAUCAGUCAUUAAGUCAGUAAGUUACAUGAUGAAACAAAGAAUCACUCAGCAAAUUGAUAAUUUAUCAGUGGGAAACUUUCAAGAAGAAAAUGAACAAGCAACUGAAAGAACAGAGCAUUUUGUCCAUGAAGAGAAAGAUAAAUCAUGUUAUCAUGUUUUGACACCAUUGGUUGACAGUGUGAUGGGCAGUAAACAUGAAAGUUUAGAAAGCGCUAACAUUUCAGAAACUGUUUGUGAUUUUCGUAGCUUUCCAGCACCCAAAAGCUUUACAUUCAGGAAUGAUAAUCUUUCUCUAGGUACAACUAUAAAAACUAGUAAUCGCAUCAACUCCUUCGAAGAAGCUAUGUUUAAGGCAGAUGGUAGCUCUCAAAAUCCCACAGCCACACUAUCCAGUUGUCUGCUUUUGCCAUUAAAUAAUUUAAGUAGUGAAAACAUCCAGAUGGGUUUCUCAGAUCAGAAAAAAACCAGUGAAAUACAUUGUCAGAGUUGGACAAAAAACACAGGGGAUUUAUUGAAGGUUCCACUACCAUUAACCACAUUCUCAGAGGACAUCCAAGGUGGAACUUAUUCACAAGUGAAUCUUGUUAUGGAGAAUGCAAUAGAAUCAUCUGAUACUGAUAAGCUAAGGACAGGUGACCAGCAUAAAGGUGACAAUAAUGUUUCAUCUGAUGAGUCCACCCUAACAGAUGCUGUCUCCAAGAAUAAGUUUGACAUUUUCAGAAAUAAUGCUAAGGAAAAUGAUGAUGGGAAGAACAAGCAAAGUUUAGUCAGUAUUGAGAUUGCUGAGCAUAUCACUCAUAAUAAGCUUAGUGGUGAUAAGUUUCAGUGUGAGAAGGACAUUGAAAAUCACAAUUAUACUAUGAACAACCAAUCCAGCAAUGCAACAGCAAAAAGUGAAUGGAUAAAUAGGCGCUUCAACAGUGAAAUCAUGUAUUGUGAGUUCCAACAAAUUGACAACAUGUUUGAUGAUAAACCAGAAGAUAUGUCUGGAUUGCAAUUGCAGGACACUUUGUGUGCUAAACAUGAACAGGCACCAUGUGUUGUGACAUCUGAUGACCUUUUCUCUGUAAAUACUGACUUGGAUAUGAAAAGCAACUUUUUGUCAGACAUCUUUACCAAUAAACUGUCAGAUUUAAUAGAAUGGGCACCUCAUACUGCUAAACCCAAGACUCCUGAUGGGAAGGCAGUGCUCCAAAAACAGGAACAGUACCAACGAAGUAUUAGAGAUCUUAUUACCAAGAUGGAGAAGUUGAAUAUUGCAUUGGUUCAUUGCCUUGAUGUUCCUCUGGAGACAGGCAUCAUACAGUUUCAGGUAAUUCAGCAUGAAAUCAGCGGCUUAAAGGAAGAUAUUUCUCAGGUUCGGUGUAUUGCUAAUCAACUGCUGAAGUCUCCAAAUGUAGCAGCACAUAAUGCAGUAGAAGCAACCAUGAGAAUGUUGACUGACAGGAGCACAGAUUUGGAAACUUUGGCAGAAAAUACAGGCAGGCAGCUCCAGGGGCCUGCUGUAGACACAGAGAGUCACAAGCAGUUGGUUACGGCUAAAAUUUCUAAUGAGAGUUGGCAGAAGAUCUCAUCUUCUUCAGAAACAAGGAUUACUACACAGAGGGUUAAAGAAAACUGGGAUAAACUUUACCAAAUUCUUACAGAGAAGAAAGACAAUUCUUGGUUUGUUCUGAGAACAAGAAAGCCCCAGGAGCUGGUGACAGUUUCGGUAAAUGCUUAUCCCAGGCACACGGUAUGUUUAAGAGAGCUGCAAAAGGUGCAAAGAAAUUUAGUGGAUGUGAGAGGAUGUUGGAGCCAGUUGCAGAAAAAAGAAAAACAACUUCAGUUUAAGGAGAUUUUAUCCUUUCAACUGAAGUACCAGGUUAACCUACAGGAUGUUUCACAUUGGCUGGACAUGGUAGAGCAGCAACUGUUAUGUGCUCCCAUAUCUGUUGAGGAAGAGAUCAUACAUCAGAAUCUUUUAGGGCAUAUCAGUUCACUUCAAGAGGAAAUUGCUAACAUUGACAAACAAGUAAGAGCUUCCCUCACUUCACAAGAAAUUACCAGUGAAGAUCUUGAAAAGAUUACCACCACUUUGAAUACAAGAUUCAACAUGUUGAAGGAUGCUGUUCUUUCACAGCUUGAAGAGCUGCAACAUGACAGAAGUCAAUGGAAACAUGUUAAGGAUAAGAUUGCAGAAUUGCAAAACCUAAUGAUUGACACAGAAAAGCUUUUCCUAGCACCAGUUUCAGAAGAUCUAGAUCAGCUUUUGUCUGACAGCCUAAAAAUUGAUGCCAGGAUAAAGAGCUGUGAAAGCCAAAUAGAGGAAUUAAGACUUGAGAAGUCCAAACUGCUCCAGAGUGAUCUGACUGAGGUCUUCUUUGCACAGUUUUCAAACCUGCAAUGCAAAUUUUUAGAGCUUCAUGAGAAGGCCCUAGAAAAGAAAGUCACAAUCCAAAACUGUCUAUUUCUACAUGAUCAAUAUCAGAAGCUGCUGAAUGAGUAUGAGCUUUACUUGGCUACAGUUAAGGAUAAGCUUCAGUUUGAUUUCCUUGCAGCAAGAGAUUUAGGUCACCUCAGACAACAAUUGACUUCCCACAAGGAAUUAUUCGAUGACCUUGAAGUACACAAGACCAUACUGGAUUCACUAGCUAGCCAGUGUGAGAAAUCUACCAAGGCAAGGUUUCAACAACAGCAGUCCUUCCUCAGCAAUUUGACCCUUGAGCUUAUUGACCAGAGCAACUGUCAUGGACAGAGGCUGAGAUACCUGAUUCAUCAGUGGGCAGAGUUUGAUGAAAAGUAUUUGAAGCUUGAGAAAGUAUUAAAUACGAUUGAGUCCCAGAUGCCUGCACAAGUUCUCCGUGGAGAUUCACUGUCUGUUAUUCAGGAAAAGUGCAAGAAAUUCAAACAACUGCGUUCAGAACUGACAACAGAAAGAGGUUCACUGUUUGAGAUUGUGGAUGAAGGGAGGGAAAUCUUACACAGUGUCACUUGUCCUACUUUAAAGACAUUAGUUACUGGUCUUGCUGAUAAAUGGAUCGCCAUAAAUGAUCACAUUAACUGCCAGCUGAAGAGUGCUGAAACUCUAAGCGACCAACUAUCAACGUUUGAAACACAGGCAGCCAAACUGACAUCAUGGGUAAAUGCUACAGUGCUAAAGCUGUCUUACCUGAAACAACUCACUGCCCAAGAUCUUCAAGACAUCACAACAGUAAAAGCCAAAAUGGAAGAUGUCUUAGAACUCCAGAAAGAAUUUGACAGCAAGCAAAAGCUAAAAAAUAAAGUCACUAGUACUGGGGUCCAGAUACUGCUGAAUAACAUCUGUGAUCAACAAAGUUUAUCAGACAUACUGAGUAACAUUGAAGUAAACUGGCUGGAGUUGCAGAGCCAACUAUCUGAGGUUCACAGAUCUCUUCAUACAGUCCUGAUGCAUUCUACAUCAUCUCAUCAGGCACUUAAUGAAAUAUCUUUGUGGGUUGAUGAGAGAAAUACAAUCCUUCUGUCAGAUGCUAACAAAAAGAUUAGUACAGCCACAGAUAUUGAAAUCAUGGUUAACAGAUACAGGGUGUAUAAAAGUGAGCUGAGAGGCUGGCAAAUGAUGCUUGACUUUGUCAAUCAGCAAGUGUUGGAUUCACCAGCUGAAGAGCUGGAUACUUUACAAGAGAAGAUGGAGUAUAUAGCAACACUGGACAAACUUUACAAGGACUGGAGAAAAGUGAGCAGUGGUGUUAUGGAGAGACUGAAUUCACUUGAGGUUGUACUGUCUGACUGGGAAGUAUUUAAGACUUGUUUUGACAAACUUCAUUUUUGGCUGUUGAGUCAGGAAGAUAAAAUUCGGCAGUACAAAAUGAUUGGAUGUGAGCCUGAAGUAAAACAUGCGCUACAAGAACUACAAGCAACACAGGAACUGUUUCAAAUGAAAAAAGUCAGACUUGACCUCACUUAUGAACCUGGGAAAUCAACUGACUGA